GAGUGCGCGCUCAGUCGCGCGUUCAAGUGCCUGGAUCCUUCUGCUACUCGUUCGCUCGCACACAGUAGGCUAGGCAACGUUCCGUCAGUGGCUUCAAACAGGUUUGGGAUUUCUACGCUCGCAGUGACACCCCGGAACCGUCACCUAAGCGCAUCCCUGGCAAACAUGUCCAAGUUGGAGCAGAUUCUCAUUCUUGAUCCACCGACCGAUCUUAGAUUUAAAGGUCCUUUUACAGAUGUGGUGACCACUAACCUGCGUCUAAAGAAUCCGUCCGACAGGAGAGUAUGUUUCAAGGUGAAGACCACAGCGCCGCGGCGCUACUGCGUACGACCCAACAGUGGAGUCAUAGAUGCAGGAGCCACUGUCACUAUCUCAGUAAUGCUACAGCCGUUUGACUACGAUCCCAAUGAGAAAAGUAAACACAAAUUUAUGGUGCAGACCAUCUACGUUCCAUCCAGUGGCACUGACAUGGAAGCUAUGUGGAGAGAUGUGCGGCCAGAAGACCUCAUGGACUCCAAGCUAAGAUGUGUCUUCGAUAUGCCUACCGAAAACGAUAAAGUGUGUGUGGCAGGUGAGUGUAGUGGGGCGGCUGCGGCCUCUGCGUCUUGGCCCUGUAUGACCCCGGGGGCGUUCAGUACGCCCCUGAGCGCGAGUGUGAGCGGCCGCCCCCCCUACAGCACCCCGGCGUCCAGCGCAGCAGGGGUCCGCCGACUCGGCCAGAGGUCAGAGGUCAUGCAGCUCAGGAGGCAGCAUGAGGUGGAUUUAGCUAAGCCGGCACCAGUACUGAACUCCUCGCGAGUGGAUGGCCUGAGAGGUUCCACAAUGGACGAUACGGAGAUGAGGAAACUUCUAGAAGACUGCAAGAGACUGCAGGCUGAGAUGAGCAAACUUGCUGACGAGAACCGACUACUCAGGGACGACGGUGUGAGAAUGAGGAAGCCCAUGUGGUCAGACAACGUCAUGUCCAACGCCAGCGCUCUGAUUGGCCGGGAGUCGGCUGUCAGCUCCCUCCCAUCCCUCCUCGUCGUCAUAGCAGCCAUCUUUAUCGGGUUCUUCCUGGGCAAGUUUGUGUUGUAGGUGGAUCUGAGGAUGGGACUGGGGGCUGUCUGUCUGUCUCGCAGCCUGUCCGCUAUCCCUGUCAGCCUUUGUGUGUGUGUAGGUGUGAGUGUGUUCGUGUGUGUGUGUGUGUGUGUAUGUGUGUCUGUCCGUCUUUAUGUUUGUUUGUCAGUCUGGUAUGGGAGAGGGUGGGGGAAGGGGUUUACAAGGGCUGGAGAAGCUUAUAAUUCACUCUGCCAUAUCAUUAACUGUGGUGGGGCCUGCCUGAAAGCCACACACACACACACACACACACACAGAUGACAUAUACGCGCACACACGAUACAUACACAACAUACCACAUAAUACAUGUCAUGUAUACAUAUACACAAUACGCAGAAACACACACACACACUACAUAACUUCUAUGCACAAGCAUAUGCACUACAUGGACAUUACAACUACAUAAUAAUGACACACUCUCUGCACAAGCUGUAUCGAUACACACAUACACACACUCUUUAGGUCUGGCCUGUUUUGCAAUCAGUCACACUCGUACCACUCACUGAGCAGAGAGUGGUAUUCCUCUCUCACUAUGUUUGUUUGUUUGUUUGUUUAUGGGAAGAUAGAGAGAUGAAUGCUGUCUGUGUGUUGUCCUGUGGAGGAAAAAGAGGCAGAGAGGCUCAAGGAACGAGUGAUGAACUGUCCUCUAAGUGGAAGAGAAGAGAGAGAGCGAGUGAGAGAGAGAUGAAAGUGUGUCCCUGUUCCUCUGAGUGAAGAGGUCCAUUCAGCAUUUUUUGUCUUCCUUUUCUUUUUCUCUCUUCUUGGAGUCCCUCCAUCCCUCGCUCGCGCUGGAUCUCAGUAGAGGGCGGCUGGAGGGUCAUAUGCUUUUAAUUCUUUUAAAAAUAAAUAAAUAAAUAAUAAGAAACGAUCAAAACUAAGGAGUGAAGAAAGAGUGAAGAAAAAAUGAGACGGAGAGAGCGAGAGUGAAAGAGAGAAAAGAAGGAGAGCAAAAAAGUCCUUCCCUAGAACCUCAGAGUCCGCACAGUAAUGGUUCACUUUUAACAAUUGCUUUUUUAUUACUUUUCCCCCUUUCUCACUCUUCCGCCCUCUCUCUCUCUUACUCUCUCACUCCUUGUGAGUGAGUUGUCAGGCAGACCACAGACUGAGGUGCCUCUUACAUCAUUGUUGUUUUUGUACAUCUGAUUUCUCUUCCCUAACACAACACAAGCUGUUUUAUUACUGUUAUUGUUGUUAUUAUUAUAAUUAUUAUUAUUAAUGACUCAUGCUUUUGUUUUGAUGCUGUGUCCUUACUGAGGCGUAAGGUGACUGAAUAUGAACUCUGUUCAUCUCUCCUCCUGUCCCUUGCUAUUCAACGUUUCAGAGAAAAAAGAAACAUGGAAAAAAAACAUAAAAAAGAAUAAACACCUUAAAAAACAGGA